CAUUCUUAAUUAAGUCCUUUACCCCUUUUUCAUUGCCUUGUCGAUCCUCAUUUCUCUGUCUCCUUGGCUUAAGUUUUUUCUUUCGAUAGAUUGCUGCGCCAAAGAGGAUGUGUAGCUCAAAGUCUAGAUUGCAAGACAAUUGUAAUGGCGAUGGUGUCAUCUCGCCAACUCGUCUUAAUAAGCGACGGGUUCUUCAACCCAACAUUAAUCAUGUUCCUUUAUUGGAAAGACCAAACUCGCUGCUAAAAAAGACGACUGCAGUCAAAGUUAGGCCGCCCUCAUCGACAGCCACUCCUCCGCUAUCUCCUAAGCUGAAAUCACCAAGACCGCCCGCUAUCAAGAGAAGUAACGAUUCAAAUGUUUUGAACUCGAGCGUUGAAAAGCUGAUCUUGACACCAAAAUCCUCCAAUACUAAAGCUUCUAGUGCAACAGUAGUGAAGAAGUCCAAGAAAUCAUCAGGUAGCCGACAACCUGGCGAUAACUGCUCAUCGAAAUGCACUUCCAGGUCCCUCAUAGUCGAUGCACCUGGAAGCAUAGCGGCAGCUAGACGAGAACAUGUUGCAAUUAUGCAAAAGCAAAGAAAAAUGCGUAUCGCGCAUUAUGGAAGAACUAAAUCAAUUAAGAAGGCUGUUCCUUAUCUUCAACAUCAUCAUCAUUCAUCUUUGCUUGCUAAUAAUGCUACUCGAGAUCAAGAAAAGCCAUGUACCUUCAUCACUCCAAAUUCAGACCCAAUCUAUGUUGCUUACCACGAUGAAGAAUGGGGAGUACCUGUCCACGAUGAUAAGCUGCUGUUUGAAUUGUUGGUGUUAAUUGGUGCACAAGUUGGAUCAGAUUGGACUUCAGUUUUAAAGAAAAGACAAGACCUCAAGGAUGCAUUUUCAGGAUUUGAUGCAGAAAUUGUUUCAAAAUUUUCCGAAAAGAAGAUAAAUUCAAUCGCUACUAGUUAUAAUAUAAACUUGAGCCAAGUCCGAGGCGUGAUUGACAACGCUAACCGAAUUCUUGAGAUAAAAAAAGAAUUCGGAUCAUUUGAGAAAUAUGUGUGGAGAUUUGUGAACAACAAACCCAUAGCAACAAAGUAUAAAUCAUGCCACAAGAUCCCAGUGAAGACUUCGAAAUCGGAAUCCAUAAGCAAGGACAUGAUCAGAAGGGGUUUCCGCUUAGUCGGUCCAACCGUGAUACACUCGUUCAUGCAGGCUGCUGGCCUCUCAAAUGACCACUUAGUCACCUGUCCACGACAUCGUCAUUGUGUUCAAGUUGCUCAAGCAUCAACCCUUCUAUGAUCACGUUGGGCUCGAGAUUGAAUUUCGUGUUUUUUAUAAUUAAUUGAUACCAAAAACUGAUUAAUUAGUUGAUUGCCUAACAUAGUCGACCCGUUUGGAUUAUAGGUUUGAUGGAGUGUUGAUUAGCUUAUAAUUAAUGACAUGGAAUGAUAAUUGUGAAAAUUAAAAUGCAUUAGGGAGGAAGGAAUAAAGGUGGGAGAGCUUUGGUGGAAGACAGAGAACAUGUGCAAGAAAUGGCAAGGUCAUGUGUUGGGUCCAUGAAUGCAUGUGCUUGUGAAGAGAACCACCACAUCUUAUCUUCAUUAUUGCUUACUUUUCUUUUUCUCUGUUAGUGUGAUUUUAAUUUUUUUUAUAGGAUUUUUUUCUUUUCUUUUUUGGGUAUUGUUUGCUUAUAUUUAUGUGUAAUGUAAUGUGUAUAAUGAAUUUGUGAAGGAUGACCAUGCAAGUUAAGACUA